CUUCUAGGCUUCUACCGAUUCUCCACUGCUAUUGGUUGAGGCGGAAAAGGGGCUGGAGCUUUGCGUUCCCCGUCUCUCCUCUCAGAUCCUCUCAUCCAGGAGCGACGCGGAGACAAUAGGACUGGAACUAAAGAAGCCUGCGAAAGGGCAGCGGUCCGCUGAACAAGGAGCAUUUACCGCUAGACCAGGUGUCAAUAGCACAAUAAGGAGAAUUUGAGUGCCGACGGCGAAGAUACAUUUUUACAUCGAACCGUAAAGCUAUGCGCUACUGUCAUCCUCACGAUUUGUUAUUUUUUUAUCUGGCUUGACUUGGCUGACUUCAGAGCCCUUGUAUGUUGGACGGAUUGAAUGUGACACAAGCCGUUAGCCACCGCCGUUGUCCUGCCCGUGAGUCCGUCCCCUAAACCUGUCCCCCUGUUCUUGUCCGUCCCCUAACCCGGUCCCCAGUAUGAGUUCGUCUCCGCUGGGUUCCCGUGGCAACAUGGACAUUCUGGAGGAGCUGCAGCUGAUCGCAGCACAGAACCUGGAGAGGUUAGAGGUCAACAAGUACUACGAGGUCAUCAGGGAGCUUGGCAAGGGCACUUACGGCAAGGUGGACCUGGUCAUACACAAGAUCAGAGGCACCAAGAUGGCCCUGAAGUUCCUGAGGAAGAAGACGACCAAGCUGAAGUCGUUCCUGAGGGAGUACAGCAUCUCUCUCUACCUUUCUCCCUGUCCCUUUAUCAUUAACAUGUUUGGGAUUGCCUUCGAGACUGACGACUACUACGUGUUUGCCCAGGAGUAUGCCCUGUCCGGGGACCUCUUCGACAUCAUCCCUCCACAAGUGGGUCUCCCAGAGACGGUUGCUAAGCGCUGUGUGCACCAGGUUGCCAUCGCCCUGGACUACCUUCACUGUAAGAAGUUGGUGCACCGUGACGUCAAGCCUGAGAACAUUCUCAUCUUUGACCGUGAGUGCCGCAAGGUCAAACUGUCUGACUUCGGCAUGACGCGCCGCGCUGGCUCACCAGUCAAACGGGUCAGCGGUACCAUCCCCUACACGGCUCCGGAGCUGUGCGACACGUCUCGCCAUGAGGGCUUCUGCGUGGACUACAGCACGGAUGUGUGGGCUUUUGGCGUCCUCCUCUUCUGCAUGCUGACCGGUAACUUCCCCUGGGAGAAGGCCCUGCCCUCCGACUCCUUCUACCAGGAGUUCACUUGCUGGCAGAGACGGCGCACGGGCACAGUGCCCUCGCAGUGGCGCCGCUUCACUGAGCAGGCCCUCCGCAUGUUCCGCAGGCUCCUCUCGGUGGAGCAGGACAGACGCUGCUCCGUCAAAGAGGUGUUUGGCUACUUCAGCCACAGCUGGAUGCUUGAUGGAGACAGCAACGGGAACGGAGGAGGGGGCGGAGAGAGAGAGAGGGAGACAGGAGGAGGAGGGGUGAGGGUGGAGGGAGAUGGGAGCAGUACAUCGUCCUCGUCUGGAGAAGAGGAUGAGGAGAUGCUGGUGGAGAGGAUGAAGCAGCAGACUCUGUCUCCUCUCUCUCCUCCGGUGUCUGUGGAGAGGGGCACUGGGGAGACAAAGGCAGGGAUGACGGAGUCAGGUGGAGGACACCAUUUUGUGUCUGUUUCUACCACCAGCUCUGUGGCCUCGACUAACAGCUAUGACCGCAUGCCCAGAGACAGCAACAGCAACCAGCCCCCCGGGCGCAUAUUGGUGGCUACGCCUAUAGAGAUCUGUGUCUAAGAUGUGUGACGGGCCUGUGAAGGACUGAGAUACUGUGUACAGCACACAGACGUGCACACAGACACCUAUACUCGUAUACACACACAUAUCCAUACAUUCAAAUCAGUGGAGUCUGCUGAGGGGAGGACGGCUCACAAUAAUGUCUGGAAUGGAGUAAAUGGAAUGGUAUGAAAAACAUGGUUUUCAUGGGUUUGAUGCGUUCCAUUCACUCCAUUCCAGACAUUAUUAUGAGCCGUCCUCCCCUCAGCAGACUCCAAAACGGGGUCAACAGGAAGGACCUUUUAAAGAAUGAAUGAAUGAACAUUUUGCAAAGUGAAAAGGGAUCAAGUCAAGACAUUACGGAUGAUUCCCGUUGGGGUCUAAAAUGAUCCAGUCAGAGAUCAGUCAUACUACAGACACAACCAAUCUUUCUAGAGACUGCAAAGACUCAAUGAACCACAUACUGAACGAUCAGCCAACCAACCAACCAACCAACCAACCAACCAACAGACAGACAGGACAUGGAGAGGUUGAAAAACACAUUGUGAUAUGAAAUGCUGGUAUUCACAUGAAGACCAAAAGGUAUUUCUUAAAGCAAUAUAUUUCCCCCUAAAAAAAGACUGAAACCGAGGGCUUCAAUCGGGAGAAAAAAAGACUACAGGAGAGAUGUGCAGGAACCAUUUAUGGCAAAAAGAGAUGGAGAGGGAUGUUCUUUUGGUUGACGCUGAUAGAAUUGCCGCCUCAAUGAAAUAAUAUCAUCAAAAUUAACAGCAGUUUUAUGUUUACUGUAAUGCAAUGUGAACUCUGGUACAAAGUGUGUAUGUGUCUACAGUACGUGUGUAGGUGUGUGUGUGUGUGUACAGUACGUGUGUAGGUGUGUGUGUGUGUGUGUGUGUGUGUGUAAGCGUGUACGGUAUAUCACUGUAUGUUUCAUGUGUAUGGAUCAGAAAUACGAUUAGGUGGAUUUUUAUUUGUCUUUUGGAGUUACUUUAUUUCUUUAAAUGCUAAAUAUACAGAUGACAUUUUUUCUAUUGAUUUUGAAAAUGAGCUUUUAGGUGUUUUCUGUUUGACUAAUUUCAGUAAAGGUUUCUGGAAGCUCUAGUGCAGCGGUGUCAAACUCAUUCCACGGAAAGCCGAGUGUCUGCAGGUUUUAUUUUUUUCCCCUUUCAAUUAAGUCCUAGACAACCAGCUGAGAGUUCCCUACUAAUUAGUGACCUUAAUUCAUCAAUCAAGUACAAGGGUGGUGCGAAAACCCGCAGACACUCGGCCAUCCGUGGAAUGAGUUUGACACGUGCUCUAGUGCCACAUUUCUACUUGGUCUCCUGCAACACUUUUUGAACAGGAAAACGAAUACUGCUGCAACAGCUGGCUCUGGUAAAAUCACAGAGUUUAAUAGUAGUAUUUAUCUCUUCAGUUUAUCAUUUAGAUUUAGUCCGAUGAUGUGCUACACAUUAAUAUCGGAUCAUUCAAAGCCACCAGAUUGAGAAGACUAAGGCAUUCAUUUAGAUACAUGUUACAGAGAACUUUAUUCUGCCGUUGACAGCAAGCCGAGAUGUUCCAGAGCCUCCCGUCUGGAAACAGACAGAUAGCUGUUAAUGAUGUCCAACACUUUUAUCACCGACCCCUGAACACAAGGUUUCUAAAACUGGGUCCUGGAGCCCCCCCCCCUGGGUGCACAUUUUGGCUUUUGCCCUCACACUCGAGUUUGGGUAACCCUGCCUUAACAGAGACGUAUCUACUUCAUGGUAGAAAAAAAUAUUUUUGACAUAUUUUAGUCCAUUUAUUUGAUUGUUGUUUUGUUUUACAUUUCUAAAUGUUGACGAAUGGUGUAUUGUUUGUAGUUUUGAUUAUUAUUUCAAAUUUUAAAUUCAAGCAGGAAAAUACAGUGAAGAUUAGAUAUAUUUUUUUUUUAAUUGCAUGACAAGUAACUAAAACAUAUUUUCAUGGUAAAUUUGAACUGGCUUUACAAAAUGUUACGUCAAGAUUGUUGUGAUGUGGAAUUUUGCUUUAGCACUAUAUCCCCAAGUCAAUAUCGUUGUGACCUCUCGGGAUGUCCUUAGGGCUAGAAACCAGACUGAGCUAUAGUAACGGCUAGUUUCGGUUCAAUGUGUUGUGUUUGUAGGCUGUCGAUGCUGCGUUUCCAUCUCACCAAUCAGAUUUAGGAUCCAGAGCUACUGAUCGGCAGUAUGUAAAGCAUCUGUAUCGACAGUAUGUAAUACAUCUGUAUCUACAGUAUGUAAUUCAUCUGUAUCUACAGUAUGUAACGCAUCUGUAUCGGCAGUAUGUAAUGCAUCUGUAUCUACAGUAUGUAAAGCAUCUGUAUCUACAGUAUGUAAAGCAUCUGUAUCGGCAGUAUGUAAUGCAUCUGUAUCUACAGUAUGUAAUUCAUCUGUAUCUACAGUAUGUAAUUCAUCUGUAUCGGCAGUAUGUAACGCAUCUGUAUCUACAGUAUGUAAUGCAUCUGUAUCUACAGUAUGUAAUGCAUCUGUAUCUACAGUAUGUAAUGCAUCUGUAUCUACAGUAUGUAAUGCAUCUGUAUCUACAGUAUGUAAUGCAUCUGUAUCGACAGUAUGUAAUGCAUCUGUAUCGGCAGUAUGUAAUGCAUCUGUAUCUACAGUAUGUAAUGCAUCUGUAUCUACAGUAUGUAAUGCAUCUGUAUCUACAGUAUGUAAUGCAUCUGUAUCGGCAGUAUGUAAUGCAUCUGUAUCUACAGUAUGUAAUGCAUCUGUAUCGGCAGUAUGUAAUGCAUCUGUAUCUACAGUAUGUAAUGCAUCUGUAUCUACAGUAUGUAAUGCAUCUGUAUCUACAGUAUGUAAUGCAUCUGUAUCUACAGUAUGUAAUGCAUCUGUAUCUACAGUAUGUAAUGCAUCUGUAUCUACAGUAUGUAAUGCAUCUGUAUCUACAGUAUGUAAUGCAUCUGUAUCGGCAGUAUGUAAUGCAUCUGUAUCGGCAGUAUGUAACGCAUCUGUAUCGGCAGUAUGUAACGCAUCUGUAUCGGCAGUAUGUAACGCAUCUGUAUCAGCAGUAUGUAAUUCAUCUGUAUCGGCAGUAUGUAAUGCAUCUGUAUCGGCAGUAUGUAAUUCAUCUGUAUCGGCAGUAUGUAAUUCAUCUGUAUCGACAGUAUGUAAUGCAUCUGUAUCGGCAGUAUGUAAUGCAUCUGUAUCGGCAGUAUGUAAUGCAUCUGUAUCGGCAGUAUGUAAUUCAUCUGUAUCGGCAGUAUGUAAUUCAUCUGUAUCGGCAGUAUGUAACGCAUCUGUAUCGGCAGUAUGUAACGCAUCUGUAUCGGCAGUAUGUAACGCAUCUGUAUCGGCAGUAUGUAACGCAUCUGUAUCGGCAGUAUGUAACGCAUCUGUAUCGGCAGUAUGUAAUACAUUACAUACUGUCGAUACAGAUGCAUUACAUACUGUCGAUAGAUGCAUUACAUACUGCCGAUACAGAUGCAUCUGGAAUAGAUAGUUCACAAACAAAUGCAUUUUUGAUCAAGUGUGUCAGUAGCUCCUAAAUUCCCAAGUCUUAAGAAGUUGCAAGGGAAACCUGGGGAAGAUUGUUUUAGUAUCACUUCUUUGCUAAUCAAAACGUCACAAGAAAGAGUGAUGAAUUAGUCAUUAUAAAAGUCCGAAAAAAAGAUGAGAAAACAAAACAAAAAAACCUGUUGUGUUGUGAUUUUCCAGACAUAUUUGCAUGAAUCUGUAUGUGCUGGAAAACAAAUUGUGGAAAAGCUAUUUUCUGUUUUGCUGUCACAGCUGUAGUAUUCUGUUGUUCACACUUGGGUGUAUGAAUGUUGAAUAACAGUCAGUAAAAGUUACUUUCCUCUUUCAUCUGGCAACUUCCAACAAUGAACUGUUCAGUACGGGUUGUAGCCAGUUGUGGUAUCGUUGAAGUCAACCAUGAUCCGGGCAGAAGUUACCAUUUAAAUCCUCAGCUUAUCCAUCCAAGGGUGAACCCCCCCCCCACUAACCUUAGAUCAGUGUCUGGGGGGGAGGGGGGGGAUUACAUCUUGUGACAACCUAUGACCUUGUGUUCACCAACCCUGAUCCAGAGGACCCACUGGGCGUGGUGCAGGCUUUUGUUCUAGCCCAGCACUAAACACACUUGAUUAAACUAAUCAUCAAGACCGAAGGCUGUAGGUAAUAUACGAGUUGGACACGGAGGUUUGAGCGAAACUAUCAUGGCGUAAUGUGUUGGAAGUUGUUUAUUGGAGGCCUUUUUGUUUUUCUGUCCAGUGACAUAUUUUGACACCGCAUCAUGAUUUUUGUGGAGUUUUAGUGAGUAGGGGAACACAGCUCUAGAACUUGUGUCCGAUUCUGUCUUUGCAAUACAACGGUCUUCCCUGUAAGCUCCGAUUAGUCGACAAUAAAAUGACAAAUCUUGUUGGAA